AUAUCACAGUAUAUUGUUUUAAAUCGCCCUUGGACGACGGCUCCCUCAGAUGACAUUCUUAUGAUAAUCAUCCUGGCAACCUAUACUAUUGCAGUAACGAGUCUUUAUAUAUAUGAAGGCAUUAUAACGAACACAAAUUUCGAGGAGUUGACUGAGGAGCAAAAAGUAUUCUAUGGUCGACAGUUAGGUAUUCUCAACAUACUAGCAGAAACAGCAAUCCAGACUACUUUAUGGGGGAAUAAAUGCUGCUUUCUCAUUCUAUAUCACCGUUUAGCUAUCUUCCUCCACCAAGGCGCUAUUCUCAACAUUGUGUCUGGUUACAUCGUAGCGUCUUACGUUGCCGUUAUUGUGGCUCUGUUUGGUGGGUGGUGCAGACCAUUCUCACAAUACCUUGUGUUACAACCAGAUGUUGAUGCAUGCUUAACGUGGAGGAAUUACAAUAUCCUUCAAAUGGGCCUGAACCUUACCACAGACGCCAUGUGUAUCAUCAUUCCUACCACGUCUUUCAUUCGUUUGCAAUUGAAUGCCCUGAAAAAAUUAUUCCUCAUUUGUCUUUCCAGCCUGGGUAUCUUUGUGAUGAUCGCUGCGAUUAUGAUGAAGUAUAAUGUUUUUAUAAAUCCUAUGGAGCCCGUCUGGUUUCCGUGGUGCAUUCGAGAGGUGAGUACCGCCACGAUUGUUAGUAACAUCCCAUUAUGUGUUCCAGUACUUCAAAAUGGUUUGAAGCUUCUUGGCAAUCUGGUGCGUCGAUUCUCAACGUGGACUAUUAGAGGUACCGGGAACCGUUUUGUUUACCGAAGUGUGUGA